GUCGGUCUGACUGCUGAGAAAUCAGAUCCUGAAGUUGCGUUGUGUGAAUGGACUGGAGGGGAUGUGGUCGGUUUAAAACCAAAUAUUGUGACACGAUAUUUCUUUAAACCUUUCCCAACCGGACGGUGGGCUGCUUCACUAGCUGUAGCGAGGUGGACGAGGUGACUCUGCUGACGACUUUACACUUUUUUGGAGGCCUGGGGGGAAAAAAACACACAAGCUAGCGAUAAGUAACGUUAGCCACCAUGUCGUGGGAAGAAAUGCCUUGUUUUCUGGCCUCGCCUCUGCGCUCGGCUCUACCCCGUUUUUCUGCUCUCUGAUCCCACUGGACAAAACAAACAGAGGUAACUUUCGCACUCAGCUGUCAAUGCAGCUAACAGCUAGCCUUAUAAAUUAGUCAGCACCAACGGUUUUACUCUAGCUUAACGUUACUAGCUUUCGAGCCAUGGCGGACAGCUUUGGAGAGCAGUCCAGCGGCGGUGCCCUUGGCUUAGGCGUUACCGGACAGGGCAGCGGGGCUCCGCUGCUGCCGACUUUGGGCAUCUCUCUCCCGGGAGGACACUCGGCAGCCAGCGGUGCUCACUCCAGCGCUAACCCGGCCUCCCCUCCUCCAGCCGCGGCCGCGCAGAGUGGCCUAACCGCGGUGGUGGCCCCUAUGUCCGCUGUCACUGCUACCCCAGCCGGUUUUGGGAACACAUUCAGCCCUGGCUCCGUGCCACCCGUCGUGGCCGUGUCUCCGACCCUACAUGCCUCCUCGGCUCUACCCGGUGUCGGGCUAGGGGUCGGCGGGGUGGCCGGGGUGGCAGGAGCGGGCCUCCUGUCCCAAAUCCACGCCACUUCCUGGGACCCGACCCUCAGUACGGACUGGGACAAUGAGAAGGCUUCCCAGCAGUGCAUCCUGAGGAUAAAGAGGGAUAUCAUGUCCAUCUACAAGGAACCUCCACCAGGGAUGUUUGUCGUCCCUGAUCCUCAAGACAUGACUAAGAUACAUGCCCUGAUCACAGGGCCGUUCGACACACCAUAUGAGGGCGGCUUCUUCCUCUUCUUGUUCCGCUGCCCCCCAGACUACCCCAUCCACCCACCACGGGUCAAGCUCAUCACCACCGGACACAACACUGUCCGCUUCAACCCUAACUUUUACCGCAAUGGCAAGGUCUGCCUCAGCAUCCUGGGGACAUGGACAGGCCCAGCAUGGAGUCCAGCCCAGAGUAUCUCAUCUGUCCUCAUCUCCAUCCAGUCUCUGAUGACGGAGAACCCCUAUCACAAUGAACCUGGCUUUGAACAGGAGCGCCACCCAGGGGACAGUAAGAACUACAAUGAGUGUAUCCGCCAUGAAACCAUGAGGGUGGCUGUGUGUGACAUGCUGGAGGGUAAAGUCCCCUGUCCUGAGGCUCUGUGGAGUGUAAUGGAAAAGUCCUUCCUAGAAUACUAUGAUUUCUACGAGGGAGUCUGCAAAGAGAGACUGCAUCUGCAGGGACAGAACAUGCAGGACCCAUUUGGCGAGAAGCGCGGCCGCUUCGACUACCAGGGCCUACUGGCUCGCCUCAGCGCCACCCACAGGAGAAUACGCGAGAAAAGCCUGGCGGAGGAAGACCACAAUGACGACGAUUCGGACUCAGACACCAGCUCCUCUGGGACGGACCCCGACAGCCAGGGCAGCUCCCAGCCCUGACUCCCUGGACGGUGCUGGACUCAAAGCCAGGCCAAGCACUAAAGACAAAGGGACCUUUUUUUGUUUUGUUUGCAGUGGAGGAACAAAAUCACAGAAGAGAAUGCAAACCCCUACGUUUAAGGCUUUAGUGAGUCCAGGGUUCAGAAUUGGAAUCAAGCUUGUGUUGUACGGACGUUGCAGAGAGAGAAGAAAUGGUAGUGCUCUCUUUACAAUGAAAAAUAAACACCAUCCAUUAGUCAAAUGCUGGCAAAUUUGGCCUGGAAAGGUGUAUUUGUGCUACUUUUGUAGCAAAGCAGCUGUCAUAUUGAUGCUGUCAGUUUGAUUCUAAAACUCAAGUUGGCUGCCCGAAUGCCUGAUAGAUUUUGAGAUUAACCAGCCAUCGUCACUUGUGGAUAUAGAAGGUUAGUUUCAUGGCUCAAACCUUUAAAAAUGCGCUGUAGGAAUGGACAAAAAAACCCUCAAGCCCAAACAGAAAUCCACUCAGGCUUAGAAGUAGAGGCAGGUUUGGGCCAAACGAAGGGACCUUCGUUACUGGGGAAAGUCAGGGUGAAUGGCCUGAGUUGGCUGGAGUAGUGGAAGGUGAUCAUCAAAGUGUCCCUGUUGUCUUUAAAUUCAAGAGGGGAGGAAGGAAGGACAGACCUUUAACAAUGGAAAGUAGUUUGAGAAGGUUCGGCGAGGCUUUGCAAGUCACGUGCCUUUUCUCCUCUGGCCAGGGUGAGACCAAGCCACAGCUCUUUCAGACUGGACCUCAUCCGCCUCUUCAACCAGGCCACAUGAAACCAUCAGCAGCUCGCGAUUCUGAAUAUGAUGAUUCCUGUGUAUUAUACAAAAAAGUCCUGCUUAGCUUUCAGUUCUAAUAGUGCUGUUGAAAUCUGUUUACCAGGCAAGAAGCCGUUAAUGUCAGUUUCAUUGACGUCCACCUUUAUACCCUUCGUUAUGCUGUUUUCUCAUUGUUGUGCUCAAACUAAUGCUAAUUUGCAGUGUGUAGGGUGUAUUGUUUAUUUGGAAACCCUGCCAUUCUUUGGGUGGAUGGCUCUUGUGAUGAACCCGUCAAGACACAAACCAAACAAUCCUGUGCUUUAGCUAGACCGACUCGGGGGAGACGACGACUGAUGGAGGUGAAAGCGAAAGGAACUUUGCAUGUGUUCACACUGCCAGCAACUCAGUUGCUCUGUUCUGUCUGAUACCAGGGAGGCCAGACCGAAGGCAGCAAACUCCUUUAACUGGCUUUUUAAUACUAAUGGCAUUUGUUAAAAAAGAAUAGAUAAACUCUUUACUCAACCAAUAUUCAUUUGUCACUUUUCACCACUGGAUAUCAAGCUUGACACAGAUUUGGGUUUGAUCUUAGGGAAACAUAUCUAGGGGAAGUAAGGCAAUGAAGAGAUCUGAUUAUCAAACAUUUCUCAGCUAACAGUUUAUCACCCAUCAGCCGCACAGGAAAUGAACAGACUUGUUGACGGCUUUGCUCGCAGUGUGAACGCAGUGAGGAUUUCUCUAGGUAAAGAAGAGAAGGGAGCAGAGUUUGUCUGGCUUUGUGUGCAAAGAAAACACUCCAAAAGCACAGACUGCUGAAGCCUCAUCUAAGCUUCAGGUUAACUUUGCAAUAUAUUUUUGCACUAAACAUUAGGAAGAGAUCUCUUUUACAGCCAGUUUGCAGAGGAGGAGUGAUUAUACUGAGGACCAGUAACUCUUCCAGUGUACCUACAGUAUAUGAGUGUUGUGUAUUGAGAUAGAGAUGAAUAAAUCUGAACCUGUCCCAUAAGGAGUUUUAUAUUUAGCAGAAUACACUUAUUCACUUUCUUGCUGAGAAGAUUGAUUCCAACACUAUGCCUGAACGUUAAAUAGAAAGCUCUUAGCUUAGCUCAGCUUAAGGACUGGAAACGGGGAAACAACUAGCCUGUUUCUAUCUGAAGGUAACAAAAUCCACCUUCUGAAACUCACUAAUUAACAUUUUAUGUUAUAUAUUAUAUAAUUUGUUAUAUUUGUUUAAUCUGUACAAAGUCAAGAAUAUGAGUCUCUAUUUUAUCGGGGGUUAUGCCUCCAGUACGUAACCCCCCAUAAAACCAUACAAUGUUUUUACACUUUACACAGCAUUAGAGGUGCUACUGGGUGGAUUGUGUUCCCUUUGGACAGAGCUAGGCUAUCUCCUGUUUCCCGUCUUUGUGCUCAGCUAAGCUAACUAGCUCAUGGCCGUAGCUUCACAUUUAACAGACGUGCGAGUGGUAUCAAUCUUCACAUCGUACUAUCUACCAGAAAGCGAAGAAGUGUAUUUCCCAAAAUGUUGAACUGCUCCUUUAAGUCCAUAUACAGGCUCUUAAACUUGAUACCAACCUUCUUAUAGUCUUUUCUAGAAGCUUUCCACCAUGGUGAGACAAGCGGUCUGUCAGGCUUGUUGUAUUUCCUUUCUGCCUUCCAUUGUCCUCCAGUGUCUGCCUUUAGCUCUCUGCAGCCGCGUUGAUUCCUCUGCUGUCGGUGUUUUGUCCAUCCCUGGUCCAUUGGCAGGGGGUUAGGUCGCUAAAGAUUCAAAUGGGAUCACAAAUAUAGGGCAUUCCUUUUUAUUUGUUUUAUUAUGUUAUAGAAUGGUUAUAUGAGAAGCAGCUCCUAGCAGAAUAUAUGUGAUUGCCAAAAUGUUGAUUGCAACACACUUCCUCAAGUGGAAGUGAAGAGAUCAUAUCCCUGUUUGGUUGUGUUGUGUUGUGCUUAAAGCAGGGUUCUUCUGUGGCUCUAUAAAGCCUGGAUUACUGACAGAAGUAAGAUUAUUUCCAGGUCUUGAAAAAUGUUGGUAUUGUACAGAAGUUCUGGAAAUGCAGAAUAAAAUGUUGUUCAGUCCUGAUAAA